AUGUUUCCCUGCCUCUUGUCGGCCGCGCUGCUGCUCACGCCCUCCCUGUCGCUCGACUGGGGUCGAGCGCGGCCGCUGCGCACGGACCCGCACCGGUUAUCACCGGUCCGCGUGCGCGUCUCGCCGCUGCGGCUCCAGGUGGCCGACGAACCGCCGGAUGACGGCGGCGGCGGCGAGGCAGAGGAGGGUCUUCCCGAGGCAGAGUCGGAGGGCAUCGCCGACUUUCGCGCGCAGCUGAUGCGACAGAUGGGCGGCGGCGGCGGCGGCGGCGGCGGCGGCUCAGCGGACACGCCUCUCUCCGAUCGCGAACGCCUCAUGCGCUCCGUCGAGACCGCCGCCCUCGCCGACGCGCCCGCGCCCGGCCGGAUGCUGCUCGCCAACCCGGCCAAGUUUUGCUCUCGGAACCCGUUCGCGCGCCCCGUCAAGGACCUGGGCCGGUUCGGCCUCGACGGCCCCGUCUCGCCCGACGAGAUGCCUCCCGACCUGACGGCGCAGAUGCUGCCCGUGCUGCUGCUCCUCGAGCACGGCGAGGGAGGCUCGUCGGCAGUCCUGCUCGAGCGGCGGACGGGGGCGCUGAUGGGCGACAUCGACAUCGACUCCUUCGGCUGCGUCGCGAUCGCACCCCUCUGGCUCGGCGGCACGCAGCGGCAGAACGCCCUCUCCGCCCUCCACUCGGUGGAAGGGCUCGAGGGCGCCGCCCCGCUCCGCGAUGGGCUGUGGCUCGGCGGCUGGGAGGCUGCUCGCCCGCGCGUGGCAGACUCGAGCCUGGCGGCGGCGCGCUUCAAGUUCUUUCUCGGCGCGACCACGUGGGCCGCCGGCCAGCUGGAGGCGGAGGUGGCGGCGGGCGCGUGGAUCGUCGUCGAAGGCUCGCCAGAGCUCGUCCUCAAGGAGCGGCUCGACGGCUCGGGCGCACGGCGCGCGAAGCCGGUGUGGGCAGAGGUCCUCUCCGCUCUGGGCGAGCCCGGACGGACGGCGUACGAGGCGGUCUACGGCAGCGGCGACUGAGUCUGACGCCCGCCGACUCGCGCGCGUUACGCUUCGGCCCGCGGCGGCCCCUCGUGAGCAUCCCUGCGCCUGCAGCCGAGGGUGCCCGCGGCUGCGCGCCGACAGGCGACGGCGUGCUGAGAGCUGUGCUUGCUAGGCUCUGCCUGCAGCCUGCACAGAACUGCCUCGUUUGUAACUACUGUGCGUCGACAUACGACAUGUGCU